AUGGAUGCUCAGCAUAUUCCGAGUGGCGGAGGACCAAAAGGUGGAGGAUCGCGUGUUGCAACAACAAGUGGUGUUCCAAGGUAUUUUAUUUGAAUUUCAAAUUUGGAUAUCAUUUUGUAUUUGUAGAAUGGUGUUUGCUGAAAUAGUUGGAACUUUAUCGUUUUUACAACCACAAGCUGAUGAUGAUAUUUCUGAUAGAUUACAUUAUUAUUAUACAACUACUUUUUUAUUAUUAACUGCGGUGAGUUCAAAUUCUCACAAGGGAAUUUUUUGCAACAUUUUUGUUUUUCAACUCAUGUGCAGAAUUUUUGAAACAUUUGUAUUUCAUAAAUGAACCAUCAAUAAUAAUAAUAAUAAAGUCCACGUUUAGAAAAAUUAUAGUUCUCCAAUUUUUAAUUUAUUGGAUACUUUUCAAAGUGCCACGUAUAGUUUACGUAAAUCUCACAAUUUUAACUAUGAUUUUCAGGUUUUAAUAUCGCUGAAAAUGUUUGGAGGUCGACCAAUUGAAUGUUGGCUUCCUGCAGAAUAUAAAAGUAGUUGGGAAGAUUAUACAGGUAAGUCUUUUUUUUUUUUUUCCAAAAACAUAUUCUAAGUUCUCCAUUCCAAAAAUGUACUCCAAUUAAUUUAGAAAUGUAUUGUUGGGCAAGAAAUACAUAUUUCACACCAUUCCAAGAAGAUAAUUUACCGGAAGUUGUUGAAAGAGAUCAUAGUGUUGUAUCGUAUUAUCAAUGGGUUCCAUUUUUCCUAGUAAUUGUUGCUUUUAUGUUUUAUGCUCCUUGUUUGAUUUGGAGAUUAUUAUAUGAUAAAUCGGGUAUUCGACUCAAAGAUAUUAUGGGAUUUGCAAAUGAUAAAGCAAAUGUUGUGCCAGCUCAAAGACGAGCAAAUAUUAAUGGACUUGCUGCUCAUCUUUCUUCUAUUUUUAGACAUCGUUUUAGAUUUGGAGCCAAGCAUCCAUAUCAUCAUAAGUGAGUGAUUUUUCUUGAAAUUAUAAAAAUGAAUCAAUUUUCCAGAUUUUUCAAAUUUCUCAAUCUUCGAUAUUAUGAAUCAUAUUUAACUUACUUAUAUCUAGGAAUCAAAUGUUUAUUUUUAUUCAAUGUUUUGUUUCAAGUGAGUAUUACAGUAAUCCUACAGUAAUCCACAUUUCAAUAAUUCCAGAUGUAUUUGCUUAGCAGAUUUCUUGAAUUGAAUAAACAAAGAUAUUACGGUUACGGCACUUUAUAUGAUAUAAUGACUGGAAAAGGAUGGAGAGAAUCUGCCAAUUUUCCAGUUGUUACUUAUUGUGACAUGCAAAUUCGAAUAUUGGGACAUGUUCAAAGGCAUACUGUACAAUGUGUUUUAGUUAUCAAUAUUUUUACGGAAAAGGUAAUUGAGAGAUAGAAAUUGAAAUCUCUACAGAAGUAUUUUUCUUGCAGAUAUUUUUCAUUCUUUGGUUGUGGUACACAUUUCUUGCAAUCGUUUCAUUUUUCUCAAUUAUUUCCUGGAUUUUCCAAUCACUGCCUUUCGAUCAACGAAAAAAGUUUGUUGCCAGACGAUUAGAAUUGGCUGAUGUGCAAUUUGAAAAAGGAAAUUAUAGACAUGAAUUAGAUGAGGUUUGUUAAAUUUUUGAAAAAAUUAAGUAAAUUAAUUUGAAUGUUUUCAGUUUGUUCGCGAUUAUAUAAAAAUGGAUGGUAUUUUCGUUCUUCGAAUGAUCACAAUUCAUUCAGGUGUUUUGAUUUGUACAGAAGUUGUUGAUACAAUGUGGGAUCAAUUUUUGAAUGAACAAGGUAGGCACUGGAUUGUGGUUAUUAAAUACAGGGCUGGUCGGAAUUGGGAAUCAGUAUAUUGCAAACUUAACAGGAAAUUACUUACUUGAAAGUUUAUGAUAUUUUUUCAGGAGUUGAGAAAUAUUGUGACAAAAAUCACAGUUUCCAAAUGCUGAUAAUUUUUAUAGACGUUCUCUGAUUACAAUAAAUUUAUUCCGACCAUUCCUGACCCAAAAUUCCCAGAACUUUCAUUCAGGCCAUCAAGUAAUUGUAUCAUUAUUAGAAGAAAAACAUCCACUUGGAGAUGGUGAUCGUUCUCCUUCGGCUGCAAUGUCAAUUGAUCAAGGAAUGCGUCGAAAAACUUCAGUUCUUGUCCCUUUAAUGUCUCGAGAAGAUUUAUCACAUGAAAUUGCAUCGCCACCUCCUUCAACAACACAAUCUGGACAAUUUUUGAGACCUCCAUCAAGUCGAUAUAAUGUUUAA